AUGGAAGUUCUCUUCUACUUCCUCGCUCUCCCCUUCUUGUUUCUGCUUUCACUCUACCUGAUCAACACUUCAAAACACAAACCCAAAACCAAAACCAAAACAGGCUUCAAAACAUACCCAAUUCUCGGAGUCCUCCCUGAUUUCUUGAAAAACAAGUUCCGGUUCCUCGACUGGACAACCGAAAUACUAAUCAACGCCCCCAACAACACCGCCGUAUUAUACCGUCCGUCAAGAAUUCACAGCAUCAUUACGGCGAAUCCGGAUGUUGUCGAAUACAUUCUGAAGACCAAUUUCGAAAACUACCCUAAAGGGGAGAACCAGUUUAUCAUAUUCUUGAAGGAUUUUCUGGGUCGAGGAAUCUUCAACUCCAAUGGGGAUCUGUGGAAAUUUCAGAGAAAAACUUCUCUCCAUGAAUUCAAUACCAAGUCACUUCGGAAGUUCUGCGUGGAGAAUGCUGGUAUUGAGAUUUCGACGAGAUUGAUUCCAAUGAUUGCAAAAGCAGGGGAGACGGGACAAGUUUUGGAUUUACAGGACAUGUUGGAAAGGUUUGCGUUUGACAGUAUCUGCAAACUUGCAUUCAAUGUCGAUCCAUGUUGUCUCGGAGGAGAUGGAAAUGCCGGUAGUGACUUCAUGCGAGCUUUUGAAAAAGCUUCACGGCUUAGUUCAGGGAGGUUCUUGUAUCCAUUACCGAUUUUAUGGACGCUCAAGAAGUUUUUCAAUUUGGGUUCAGAGAAAUCGCUGAGGAAUUCAAUAAAGAUCGUCUAUGAUUUUGCCGAUAAGAUCAUUCGUUCCAGGUUGGAGAAACAAAAUGAGAAGAAAAAAGAUGAAGACUUGCUUUCCCGGUUCAUUGUGGAUACCGAGAACUCGCCCGAGUUUCUCCGAUAUGUCGUUAUAAGUUUCAUUCUAGCUGGCCGAGACACGAUCUCUUCUGUACUAACAUGGUUCUUUUGGCUUCUGGCAUCUAACAAGGAAGCGGAAGAAAAGAUAUUGAACGAGCUUGAAAUGAUUCGGAAGAAAUACCGGAAGAAUGUCGGCGAUACUUAUACUUAUAGUUUCGAUGCAAUCCGAGAUAUGCACUAUUUACAUGCUGCAAUAUCGGAGUCAAUGAGAUUAUACCCACCGGUCGCCGUCAAUACAAAAGCUUGCCUAAACGCCGAUAUACAGCCCGGCGGUACGUUUAUAGGGAAGGACUGGUUUAUCACUUAUAACACGUACGCGGUGGGGAGGAUGGAGAGUAUUUGGGGCAAGGAUUGUCUGGAGUACCGUCCGGACAGGUGGUUGGAGAACGGGAUGUAUCGGCAGGAGAGUUCGUUUCGGUAUCCGAUAUUUCAUGCCGGUCCGAGAAUAUGUUUGGGGAAAGAUUUGGCUUAUGUUCAGAUGAAGGCGAUUGCGUCUUCGAUCAUUGGGAGGUUUGAAGUGGACGUUCGAGAUAAGGAAAAGUGUCGCGAGUCCUUGCUAUCAUUGACUCUCAGGAUGCAGGGUGGAUUGCUGUUCAAUGCCAAAGAAAGAUUUGUGGGCUAG